GGGUGAGUGUUUACAGCUGUGGGCCGCGACGGGGGAGGGCAGGAGGAGGAGGAGGAGGAGGAGGAAGAAGACAGCUCGCCGGAAUUGAUUUUCGAAUCCAUUAGCGCAGGCCAUGGGAGGCGCCGUGAGCGCGGGAGAGGAUAACGACGAGUUAAUCGACAACCUGAAAGAGGCACAGUACAUCCGGACGGAGCUGGUGGAGCAGGCCUUCCGGGCCGUCGACCGGGCCGACUACUACCUGGAGGAGUUUAAGGACAACGCUUACAAAGAUUUGGCCUGGAAACAUGGGAACAUUCAUCUCUCCGCUCCAUGCAUUUACUCCGAAGUCAUGGAAGCGCUGGAUUUGCAGCCGGGGCUCUCCUUCUUGAACUUGGGGAGCGGCACCGGCUACUUGAGCUCUAUGGUUGGGCUCAUCCUGGGUCCUUUCGGUAUCAAUCACGGCGUGGAGCUUCACUCUGAUGUCAUAGAAUACGCCAAACAAAAACUGGACUUCUUCAUUAGAACAAGUGACAGUUUUGACAAGUUCGAAUUCUGCGAGCCUUCCUUCGUCACAGGCAACUGUUUAGAGCUCUCUCCGGAAUGCACUCAGUACGACCGCGUGUACUGCGGGGCCGGCGUCCAGAAGGAGCACGAAGACUACAUGAAGAGCUUGCUGAAAGUCGGCGGGAUCCUGGUCAUGCCGUUGGAGGAAAAGCUGACCAAGAUAACUCGAACCGGCCUUUCUGCCUGGGACACCAAGAAGAUUUUGGCGGUUUCCUUUGCUCCUCUGAUCCAGCCUAACCACGCAGAUUCAGGGAAGUCAAAACUAGUUCACUUGCCACCGGUGAUGGUCCGCAGCCUCCAGGAUUUGGCCCGCAUCGCCAUCCGCAGCACCAUCAAAAAGCUGAUCCACCAGGAGACGGACGGCCGAAACGGGAACGGGAACGGCUUCAGGAACCCGCCGCGGUUUAAGCGGAGGCGCAUCCGCCGGCGCCGCAUGGAGACCAUCGUCUUCUUGGACAAAGAGGUCUUUGCCAGUCGGAUCUCCAACCCGUCCGACGACAACAACUUCGAGGAGUUGGCGGAGGAGAGCCGGGAGGAGGCCGAAAAAGCUGCCCCCGAACUGAAGCCCGACCCCCCCAUCAACAUCCUGAGGGAGAGAGUCCUCAGCCUCCCUUUGCCCGACCCGCUGAAAUAUUACCUGCUUUAUUACAGAGAGAAAUAAAAUUUGGGGCGGAAGGAAAGGUAGGCAGGACACUGAAACGCUCGGCAGGGCUUGACGGACGCCCGCCACUGGCUUGCAUGGUGGUCAGCUGGCCAGGGAACGUGGCUGCCGUGUCCUUUGAACCCGUGAUAGCAUUUUUCAGAUCCCUUCCCUUGGUUUGUGUGCUCCAGUGUUUGUCCUACAGCUGAGCUUCCUUGGGUGGGGGUGGGGACGGGUCAGGCUAGCCACAGAGCGACCCAAAACGAGGGUGACGUACAAUAGAGGAGAGAAUGUCCAAAACAAGCCCCAAACCCCGCUGUAUCUCGGUUGAGACAUCUACGGAUCUCUCGCCUGAAUUUUUUUUUUUAGCCAACAGCAGUUUUCAGAACUUGUAUCAAGAGGUGCCCUGAAUUGCAGCCCCGUAGCAGUUUUUGACCAGGUCUCUUCCCGCAGAAAACGCCCCCAGGAAAGCACGAUUUUAGCAGUUUGUACCCGAAUCAGGAGAAUCUGGCAUACAUUAAAUGCCCAAUUAAAGCUUUUUUUAAAUCAUCAAAUACAUUGUUUUAGAGAAAAUGAGAAGGGUAACAAUCCCUUAAGGUAUCAACAUGAUUUUUUGGGGGGUUUUUUAAUACCCUCUUUAGGAGAAUUCCUGUUUGACGCAUGACUACUGAAGGCUGUGAGAGAUUUAAGAGUAAGCAGCAGUUUUAUUUUUGGUGCUGUCAUCGGUCAUCCCAAAGCUUGCCAGUUUCACCUGUUUGGUGGCUCUGCUUUCUGGGCGUUUAGGCAGAGAAACGCACGGGAAGAAAUUGCAGGGGCGAGUUCUUGAAAAGCCGUCCGGCCUUUUUGCCGCCGUGUGAGCACCGAGCCAGACGUGAAACAGGGACAGCGGCAGAUACGUUUUCCGAUCGGAGGAAAUGCAGAGUUAUUUCAGGAAAGCUAGAUUUCAUUUUCUUAGUUUAUUCCCAGAAACGGCAGGUUUAAAUGUCUGGAUGCGUGGUUUGGGCACUGCCCCUAUUGGGGGCCUCUGCCGCAGCCCAGAGCUCUAGAAAUCUCUCUUUUUUGCGUGUGGAGUAAAAAGAUAUAAUUACAGGCUGAUUCAGCUGAGUUUGAUUCCCAGACAGAUACUUAAAGCUUGAUGAGCAAAUACAAAUGUUAGUUUGCCUCUGUGGAACGUCCACUCAAAUCCUUCUUUGGAUGUUGGUAAAUCAUUUCCAGUCUGGUAAUUUGUAGCAGGACGAGAGGGAAAGAGGAGGAGAAAUCUUUGCGAAGGUCAAGGGUUUUCCUCACCCUUAAAUAGCUGAGGGGGGGAAACAUCAACGAUUCCUCUUCAAAACGCUGUUUUCAAUACGUAGGAAGCGAUGCCUCCCUCGGAAACGCUCCACCAGAGCUUUAAGUUUCCAAAUCAUCCGCCUCGUCUCCUGCUCUUGCCAGUGAGGGAUGUCUCCGUCAGAAUCUGUCCAGUCUCCCAUGUUUGUAUAUGUAAAUCCAUCUCUAAGGAUACAGGAGUUGGCCUCAUUCAGGCACGUGGCUUGCAACGUCGCCUUCGUAGGCAGAGCCAUGUGGUCUUCUGGAAGUGUGGCGAUAUCUUGGGGUUUUUGUAGUUUGCCCGGCCACACAUUCAGCCCAGGAGAUGCAUGAAGAGAAGGAUGUAGUUCCUUCCGGGUCCCCCUUCCUCUUCAUCAGGGCUUAGCCCUUGUUUAGUUGACUCAGACUAACUGUCCGUCAUGCUCAAAUCUACACGUUGUACCUAUGAGCUCAAAACGAAUUUCCUCUGUCAAGUUAAAAGCUGCAAGACACCACUGUCUUUUCAAAACACCGUUCGGCCUCCUAGGAACGACACUUUAAACUGCUAGAACCUUCUAACUGUACUAAGCUUCCUUAUACCGAGGCUGGCUUGUCGGUUCAUCCGGCCUGGUAUUUUUCCUCCUUUUUUUCUUUUUGGGCAAUAGUUUUCCAAACCGCGGAUUAUUUUAAAUUUUCGUUUCCACAGAGCAGUUUGUUUGGUGAAGCUACCAAGCUAUCAUCCAUUCAUUCGGUUUGGUUUUUUCGAAUAAUCGGUCGAAUUUCGGCCGUCGACGGAAAUUGCCUCAGUCGGGAGAGUAUUGAACUUCGCUUCCCCCCUGCCCCUCCCCUGCCCCCACAUGAUCACAGAUGUUUGGUGAAGGGGUGUGCUACACCCGUUCGUUCCCGCUUCAGUUGAAAGGGGACUCUUGUGGAUUCUAAUUGAUAUCCCUUUCUUGAUUUGUGUGCUUAAAAGAGAACGCGUACAGGCAAAUUGUGAUCUGUCUAGUUGUCCUAUUAUCGAAACACACGGGAAAAAAAGGUAGCAUUUGUGCGCUCGUGUUUGUGCCCAGCACAAUAAGUUAGACUGUAGCAGUGUGUCAGAAAGGGGAAUUCUCAGUAUUCCUUCACACCAGCAUUUACAUACUCUAGUCGGUGGGUGUUCUUUGGUAAACUAAUUGUAUCUGUCAAGAUUUUUUGUGUGUGUGAAAUCUGUAAACGCUUUCUUCUUCCUCGAUCAUCAACUGUGUAUUUUUUUUGCAGUUCACGUAGUCUGGGUUUUUUUCAGCCUCGCGUGAAUUAUUUUACAGCUUUUGAUAGGAUUACUAAGUCACCCACUCGCGGGGGGGGGGGAAUGCUUUCCUCUCAUCAGUUUUGGUUCGAUACGGUCAAUUGAAGGUGUACAUAUCUGCAGAAAUGAAGACAGGUGAGUCUGCUGUCUGAGGCACACAGGAAAAGCCGGAGCGAGCGAUUUUUUAAAUGCAGAUUUUGUCUGCGUGUCAAUAAAUAUGUUCCCAUUUCAGGUGUGCUUAUGUAUUGCCUGUGCUAGAUGCUGAGGUCUCAUACGAACAAAUAAACAGUAUUACAGCGGUUGGACAGGAA